AUGAUAGAAACCUCUAGUCUUCUUGAAGGUUUUAGCUCAUAUGGGUUUGGCAAUUCAAAGGAUAGGAAGCAGCUAAGGAUCCUCAAACUCUUACCACCAUUCAUUCUAGUAAAGGUUGAAGGCAGGGGAAUCGAAGAGCAACAAAAAAUUGAAGUUAUCUCUUAUGAAUGUGGAUCUUAG